CAGUGGCUCAGUGUGGACAGCAACGGUAGUGGUUGAAGUGUAUAAUUUUAGUCAUGUAGUCGGGUAUAAAUACAGAUAAAUUAAUUACAUUAAUAUAUAUGUGCAGCUGAUGAGGACACCAUGAUUUUAUACACAUUUCGCAAAAUUUUAUUGUUUACAUUCUUUAUCGUUUCUGUGAUCCAUUUUUCAAUACAAAUUACACCAGAUGAAGGAGAGAUUGUUAAAUUUGAAUCUCCUGAUGGACUUAAGUCUGAUCAUGAUGGACAGACUGUAGAGGACACAUUGCCUACAUCUCAGAGACAGUUUAAGACUGCAGAAAUAGCAGACGCAGUUCUUGGAACUGAACUGUCCCACAAUCCAGCUGGAAUUGAAGCACUCAUUCCUAAAAGUAUGCAGUCUUCUGUAUCUGCACCAUGUGGUGAUGGUGGGAUAUGUGAGGAACCUGUUGAUAUAAAACAAGAAAAUCCUGUAGAUGAGCAAAACACCACUGAAACAGCAAAGACCUACAAAGUGAGCUGUGAUAAAAGGAGCAUCACUGGAAUGGAGAACUUCACUGUUCAGAUUCUUAAUGCCUCACAGGACCUGAUGGAUUUCUUGAACUCAAACAGCUCUGAAUGCUCUUUGGUUCUCUUCUACACUUCCUGGUGUCAGUUCUCUGCCCACCUCGCUCCUCACUUCAAUGCCUUGCCCCGAGUGUUUCCCAUCAUGCACUUCCUUGCUCUUGAUGCCUCGCAGCACAGCAGUUUAUCAACACGGUUUGGUACAGUGGCAGUUCCCAACAUCCUCCUGUUCCAAGGUGCUAAACCAAUGGCUCGAUUUAACCACACAGAAAGAACCUUAGAGACACUAACAGCCUUUAUCUCCAAUCAAACAGGUUUUGAAGUGAUUGCCAACCAAUCAGUGACCGAUGAAGAUCGCCUUGGCCCGUUACUCAGUGUUCCAGUGAAAAGCAUUGACUGGCUCUUUGUGUUCAGUGUUUUUUUUUUAACAAUGUUCACACUGUAUGCUGUCCUUAAAACCGACAGUAUUCGUCUGCUCAUCCCAGGACAAGAACACGACCACCAAGACUGAUGAUGAAUGAAUGAAUUAACUUAAUUAAAAACUUUUAUUUGUGGA